AUGGCCGGACGUCGUUAUGCUGACGAUGUCUCUAUCGACCGGUAUGACGAACGAAGAGACUAUACCUCAAGAAAUGGCCGUCGGGUUUACGAAGACCGCUUCGUGGAUGAAGAGGUAGACUAUCGUCGUGGCACUCCCGUCCGCGAGCGGGAAAGAGAGAGGGAUAUAACUGUUCGAGAUGAUGUCCGGGAACGGCCAAGAUCCGGUCUGGAUUGGUUGCAGGACGGUUAUGGCCGGACUUCUGCUGGUGCGGUAGUUUUGGCCAAGAGAGAACGAGAAGACUUCGAAUUCGUUCCUCGACUUCGUCGACGGUCUCCUUCGCCCGAGCCAGAAAGAAAGAUUGAAAAGGAGGAAAUCAUUGUCAGGAAGAGGGACGAGUCGACAUCCAGACCACCGCCACGGAUCAGGGAAAGGGACCGAGCAUUUGACCGGGAAGAGGUCAUCAUCCGCCGAGACGAGAGAGAUGGUGAUCGGAGGCUACCGCCUCCCACUCGUGAUCGGGAGCGCGAUGAAAUCAUCUUCCGAAGAGACGAAAGAGAACGACUUCCGCCGGCGCGUGAACAGAAUACUUCAAGGGAAGAAAUAGUCAUUCGGCGGGGGGAUGAAGGUGGUCGAGUUCGGUACGAUGCAGACUACGACAGAGAUGAUGUUGUUUCUCGAAGAGGUGAUUACGCCAGAUCCGUGCGAGGCGAUGUUGAAAGGGACGAGGUCAUCAUCCGCCGGGAGGAGCAGAAUCUGUCUCCUCGUGGAUACGACGAUUACCCCCUAUCCCGACCCAAGUCGCAUGAACGAGCGAGAUCCCGCGCUCGACGGUCGAGCAGUGCUUCUAACCAAGAGAUCAUUAUUCGUCAAGAGGAACGUGAGGGCCGUGGGGGCACUCGUGACCGACAAGAGAUCAUUAUUCGCAAGAACUCUCGAUCACGAUCACCGUCCACAUCGGUGACUUCUGCACCCGCCGGACCUCCGCCGCCUCAAGUCAUCAAUGCUCCUACCAUUCAUCAGGAAGUCAUUACACAUCAUCGCCACAUCGAUCAUGGGUUCGAAGUCGCCAUUCCUUCUCGUCCUCGGGCCAUCUCUCGACCACCAUCUCCGCCUAGUCCUCCCCCGCCUCCCGCUCCCGCCCCCCGAGCUCGGUCAGAAGAGCGUAUCCAGAUCAGUCGGACCCAAACCAGGAAUGGUCAUACGUCAGCUGAAGACAUUAUCAUUGACCGUAACGAAGGGCCGACUGGUUCUAGACCCGUGGCACCUUAUGUCCCUCCUCCACGAGAUCCUUAUUAUGAUCCUGCUCCCCCUCGUCGUGACUACGGUUAUGAUCGAGAUAUCCAGGAAGAGGCAGAGUACUACAACAGCCGUGCCGUUGAACGGUCAUACGUCGGGGAGGGAUAUCGCGGAGCUACCAGAGACUGGGCCAUAGUCGAUGUUCCCCCAGGCACACGCCGAGUACGUAUGGAUGGAGCAGGAGGUGGAAGCCAGGAGAUUACCUGGCAAAGAUACAACGGGGUACGCCGGAGCAAGUUCAUGCCCGAUGGAGUGCCUGAUGAUGCGUAUCCAAGUGAGGUAGGCCGACCGGCUCCGCUACCUGCCCCAGCCCCAGCCCCAUUACCUGCGUCGAAUGGAGAGAUCGGGCGACGUUAUGGGAGAGAGCGGGAUCCAACCGAUGGCUUGUGGACCGAAAUCACAAAGGAUCUAGUUGUCAAAGAGGCUAUCCAAGAGAUGGGUUAUGAAUUCGAAGAGACGGAUGAUUUUUAUUACAUUAUUGCCUAUCUACGCUAUGAAGAUAUCGCUCGGCUUGUUGGGCUUUCCGAGGAUAUUCGCAAGGAGCGAAGGAAGCGAGCCAAAGAACUCGAAUGGGAGAAUCGAGUUUUGCCACCACCUGUGGUGGAGGAGGUUACUCGCCCACUUCUCAUCGAACCUCCACCUCGUUCUCGUCAACCAUGGGAUCGAGAAGAAGAGCGGUAUAUUGAACGCGAAAUCGUUUAUAAGGGGGGACGUCCCCCACCACCGGUAGCCUGGCGGCGCUAA